UGGGCGUGUUUGUACGUUGGAAGCGGGUUUAGGAGGCCAUCGCAGCCUGAGCGCUGAGCUACUACUACCCACGUCUAUCGCCGGCGGUGGCCACGAGUCGAGACACCACACUGCCAAAAUGCUCUACGAUGUCUAGGCAUACGUGGUCUGGACGUGAAGUGUACGACGGACUCGGACUCGGACCGGCUAUACCGCCGAAUUCUCCCAGCAGGCAGAGCGCUGAGAAACGCAUCGCGGCAGUGGAAAGCACUGAUCAAGUUGUGUGGCCGCUACCUAGUCAAUUUCUUGACCAGGGACUCCACCGUGUCAGCGAAUCCCUCUGGAGCGUUUUGAGCUUGCAUGGUGCUUAUACAGUCCACGUGUACUUUACACGGGUCCGUGACCAGAGGCUGAGGUCUGGACGGGCCUCGAAGAUACUGCACCGUGCAGGUCUCUUCAGUGCCCCCACCAUCGCUCGAUCCGCCUGUCCAGCGCGACAUUGCAAGCUUGCCAUUGUUUCGUCAGCGGGUCUCGAACACAGCCUCAUGGAAUCCGCCUACGCUUCCGACACCCCGCACAUUCCUCUUGAGAUAUGCGAACACAUCAUCGACUGUGUCGCGAAGGGCCGCAAUCGCCCCUUCUCCCGGGACGAAGCGUUAUGCAUAGCGACUCUGUUGGCCUGUUGCCUAACAUGCAAAGCAUGGCUUCCGAGGAGCCGGUUUCAGCUCUAUUCCCAGCUCAGUCUUAACUCUCGAGGUCGUCUCGACCUUCUCGCGCGUACUUUUGUGAAUCCAGAUUCGCGCGCCAACUUCGAUCAGAGCCGAGUGUUGCGCUUGAAGGGACAGCCGGUCAAUCUGCGUAAGCUUCCUCGGAUGCUUCCCGGAGAGGAGGUUAUAAUACCGGACGAUAAACUUUGGUCACUUUGUGGGAGUUAUGGCCAUUCAAAUUACGUCCAGCGCGUGCCGAUUGCGCUAGGAAGACCGCUUGCGAGUUUGACGGAGCUGCAAAUGAUGCUCGUGUAUUGGUACAAGAAGGAUGCCACCAGCCGGUCCCUGUACACCUCCGCAGUUUCCUUUGGCGUCUUCAUCUCGGUCACGAAGAUCUCUCUCUGUGAAUGCAGGUUCGACCCCUUUGCAGAGUUCUUCCGCCUCCUUGCAUCGCUUCCGCGUCUCACGGAGGUUAUCGUCACCAAUGUGAGAUUGGUUGACGUUCGUAGAGCCAUACCGGAAGCGCCCAUGCCAGCCAACCUACCUUCCUUACGCGCGCCGAACAUAACAAAUUGCUCCAUCGACGUCUGUCACGCUCUAUGUGGCUGGCUCAAUCGCCGUGUACAUCCCCUGGAGCAGCUUCUCAUACAGUUUCUGGAAAAGGAUGGGUUUAUGAGUAGCCGGGGUUGUCCCAUGGCGCUUUUGAUGCAGAGAAGUGCAGCAAGAUUGGAACAUUUGCACGCGCCUAUGUGUUGGUGUCGGUACGACUAUAUAGACCAGGACCUGUCUUCGCUGAGAGUCCUGCGGCUCCAAAGUCUGUGGGCCGCGUGGGACCUGGUCCAUGACGGUUUGCCCGUGUUGGUUGGUUGGUAAUCCCGUUUAUGGUCAUUUGAGGGCGAAGCCCUAUGUAGACUCUAACUAUACACGUGUACUAUACUACUAAGCU